CCUCAGACAGGUCUUACCUUGAUUCCGGAAAUGUGCAGAGGGUGCUGGGAGAUGUAGGUUAGUGGGUAAAGCAGCAGCAGCAGGAGCAGGAGGUGUUUAUAAUAAAGACACUGAGCUGUGUGUAAAUCAGCUCGGGGAGAGGCAGCCAUCAUGCCGGGCUUGGAUUACAAGUUUCUGGAGCGGCCGAGGAGACGCUUUCUGUGCCCUUUGUGCAGUAAACCCAUGAGGGAGCCCGUCCAGGUGUCCACCUGCGGCCACAGGUUCUGCGAUACCUGCCUGCAGGAGUUUCUCAGUGAAGGUGUGUUCAAGUGUCCAGAAGAUCAGCUGCCUCUGGACUAUGCUAAAAUUUUUCCAGAUGUGGAGCUUGAGCAGCAGAUUCUUGCUCUGCCCAUCCGCUGCAUCCACAGUGAGGAGGGCUGCCGCUGGUCAGCGCAGAAUAAGCAACUUCAGGCCCAUUUGUCCGCAUGUGCCUACAAUGUGGUGUCGUGUCCAAACCGCUGCUCCGUAAAGCUGCUGCGGCGUGACCUCCUCGACCACCUGCAGCACGACUGCUCCAAGAGGAAGCUCCGCUGUGACCACUGCUCCCUGGAGUUCACAGGCGAGGCUCAUGAGAGGCACCAGGACGCGUGUCCGGAGGAGAGUGUUUACUGUGAGAAUAAAUGCGGGGCUCGUAUGGUGCGCCGACUGCUGGCCCAGCACACUCUGUCGGAAUGCUCCAAGCGCAAGCUGCCCUGCAAGUACUGUAACAAGGAGUUCCUCUACGACACUAUUCAGCAUCACCAGAACCAGUGCCCACGCUUCCCAGUGCAGUGCCCCAACAAGUGUGGAACACCUGGCAUCGCCCGAGAGGAUUUAAUGACUCACGUUAAAGAGAGCUGUGGCACUGCCAUGGUUUUCUGUCCGUUUAAAGAGGCUGGCUGCAAAUACAGAUGUAUCAAGCCUGCAGUACCUCAUCACCUGGAGGAUGCCACCCACUCCCACCUCUCUUUACUGUGUGGUUUGGUGAAUCGGCAAAGACUGGAGCUGAGGGAUCUGCGGCGCAGAGUGGAGGAACUUUCUGGAAGCCAAGACGGGGUUCUGCUGUGGAAAAUCCCUGACUACUGUCGACGCCUGCAGGAGGCCAGGACCAGAACCACCGACAGCGCAGAGCUCUUCAGUCCCGCCUUCUAUUCCCAUCGCCACGGCUACCGCCUCCAAGUCUCCGCCUUCCUGAAUGGUAAUGGCAGUGGUGAGGGAUCGUACUUGUCCAUCUAUAUCAGAGUUCUACCUGGUGAGUACGACGGGCUGCUGGAGUGGCCUUUUCCCUACCGGGUCACCUUCUCACUGCUGGACCAGAGUGACCCGGCCCUCUCCAAGCCUCAGCACAUCGUGGAGAGCUUCAGCCCGGAUCCCAACUGGAAGAACUUCCAGAGACCCCAGCCGGGGGCGAUGGGCAGCAUCCGCGCGGGGAGCCUGGACGAGAGCAUGCUGGGCUUUGGCUACCCCAAGUUUAUCUCCCACGAGCAAAUGAGGAAAAGGAACUACAUCAGGGAUAAUGCCAUCUUCAUCCAGGCCUCCAUAGAUGUAGUCCAGAGGAUAAUUAACUGAGCUCAGUCUAAGCUGUAGGAUUCAAAAGGAAAUGUCUUAGAUUGCUGUGCCAACCUUUUUCUUUCAUCUUUGAUCUUAAUUUGGCUGAUAUGACCAGUUUGAAUGUUUUACUGCCCCAUUUUUGUCGCAUAAACAGGAGAAUGGACUGAUGCUGAUAAAAGAAAAUUAGUGAAGAAAAUGUUUUUUCUUUAAUCUCAGUCAGGUUAUACAUUGUUUCAUCCAAUCCAAUUUUUUUUCAAUUCAAUUCAAUCCUCAGUACAACUGUUUAAAUCUAACAAUGUUUUAUUUUAUCAAUUUUAAUUUGAUAUUUUCAUUUACUUUAAAGUUAAUGAACCCUGAGAAGUUUAAGUUUUAACUUUAUGUUAAGGCAAAAAAAUAUUGAAAUAUUAAAAUGAUUCUAAAAUCAUUUAAUAACAAAUAAUAAACAAACAUUUUAAUGUUACUCAAAAUGUAAAUAUUUCAAAUAUGAUCAAAUUGGAAGUAAUUUUGAAAAAAAAAAAAGUUUAUCUAAAUGUAAAAAUUCAUUUUUGACGGUUUUCUUUUUUGACUGGAAUGUAAAUGAAUCUGCUAUAUCAAUUAGCACUAAAUUUUACAUGAAAUAUGACCUAAUCUAGAAAAAAAAUAACAUUCACUUAUGUGACUGUUUUUUAUGGUCAUUAACAGGGGUCAUCAGAGACAAAGCUCCUAUCUGCUGCACCAUAUAUUUCUAUCAUUUACAUACAACAUGUACUGUUCACCAUCUGCCAGUCCUUGAAUGUUUUUUCUGUUGCUUUAGACAAGCAAUUUUUGCCAUAAUUCAGUUUUAAAAGAUAUUUUAGAUUUAUAGUAUUUUUUUUACCUCUCUUUAUGGAAGUACUUUAGAAAAGAAAGGACUCACUACAGACUUUUUGCUACCCCUGAAAUUUAACUGUAAAAUUAUACAGUUUAUUUUUGGAAUCAACUAAAAUGUAAUUUUGCAACCAACACUGUAGCAGAGAUGUUAUUUGCAGGGAUUUACAGAAUAUGGUUGUUCAUAUAUGAACAUGGAGUGUACUGCAGUGUGUUUGUCUAUAGCUUGCUAAUGUUUAGGAUUUUGUGUGCAUUCAUAAUGACUGCAUUUUUUGUAAAACUA